UGUUAUUGUCUGAGCUGCCAUAUUGCUGUGUAUUUUGUAUGCAACUUCCCAAAGUAAUUUGCCGUGCACGAAUUUAUAACGAAGAGUUCUCCGACCCAGCGUCAAGUAAACACUUUAGCACCAUGAAUAGGUUAAUAUGUCCACUAUAACCAAGCUGACAACAAACCGACUUCAUUUCUUGGGAGUCUGUUUUGAGUAUGCUGUCGUUGUUUGGCAUUUGCAGCUGAAAAUUACCGUCGUAGCAGAGGCAAACUGACGACGUUUGGCCUUCACUCGACUCAAGAUGGGGAACUGUCUGCAGGGACAAACAGCUGAUGACAUUUCGUUACUCCACGACGAUGCCGAGGUCCAUGAGCGAUUGGGACCCCCACCCCCAUAUCAGGAGGAAGCUCCCGUUUACCAUGUGACACCAAAUCAGAGAAGAUCAGCGAGUCAGCUGACUGAAGAAGAACAAGUUAGAAUUGCCAAAAGAAUUGGCCUUAUACAGCACUUGCCCAUAGGGCAGUAUGAUGGUAGCAAAAAGGCUAGAGAGUGUGUGAUAUGUAUGCUUGAUUUCCAAUUAAACGAUCCCAUCCGUCUACUGCCGUGCAUGCACAUCUACCACACGAAAUGUAUAGACGACUGGUUGAUGCGCUCUUUCACGUGUCCGUCUUGCAUGGAACCCGUAGAGGCCGCUCUUUUAUCCACCUACGACGACGGACAUUAGGAGGUUACAAGAGACUCCAUGAGAUAUAUAUUUUUUUCUAGUUAUCUGAGAUGUACGAGAGGAAGCGGUAUAUAAUGUGUGCAAGUGAGAGAGGUUUCUACGACGUAAACAUCGAAAAAGUAUUUUCACGUUACAUUUGCUAUGGCUCGCCAAGCAAAUAAUAAAGGGGAAGUUGUGUUCAAGUUGGAAAGUCCCUGCUUGAAAGUUGUUUGAUUUGCAUUCAUGCACUGGAUUUUGUUUAAGACAGUCGCAGUCAGGGGAGGCUUUACUCAAGUCCUACACAUAUUUUUCUGAUUUUUCCUCAUAUUUUAGAGUAUCUACACAAGGAAACAAGAUGGGAAUAAACUCUCAUUUGUGGGAUUAUACUUUAUCACCAAGGUGAUAAACAGUUGUGGCAAAAUGCCUGAAAUUCAAAGCGUUAUGUCAUCUGCAGCUUUACAAAGAACGACAAGAACAUUGGUAAUAACUUAUCUUCUUGAUAAAAGUCAUCGUGGUGAUUUGGUAAACGUGAUCCAAGGUUACUUUCAUACAGAAAGAAGAUGAUUGUCAAGCGUGAUGAAAGUCCUAAUAGAUAUGUUUUAGGACUUUUUUUAAAAUUCCCUUGUCAUUUUCUGUACAUGUACAUGAAUGGCUGUAGGACAGAUUUCCAGGCAUGAACUACAUUAUAGAAAUAGAAUUGCAUUCCAAUUUUCAUAUAACCAUUAAUAGUCCAUUUACUACUGAAGUGUACUGAUGUAUAAAGCUAUAUAUACAAGGAAGCGACCCAGUGAAUUUUAGGGGGGGAUAUGACCUAAAAGUAAGUAACUACCAAUACUACAUGUGUAGGUGUUUCUUUUUUCUUUUCUUUUUUUCUUCUUUUUUCUUCUUUUUUUCCAAGUAUUAGCAGUGUACAUGUACACAUGGUCAAAUCAUCUUUUUUCUACUCUUCUUUACCUUUUUUUUCUCCUGGAUUUUUUUAAAAUCACUUCAGAUCGAGGGGGUGGGGUACCCCUUUUCCCCUGUACAGCAACCCCCCCCCCCUGUACACAUACAUGUACAUGGAGGCUAUGUUUAAUUGAAGUUAAAAAUUAACAUGCUUUCACUGUACAAUACAUCAUUCUUCAUAUUCUGACAUUUAUACAUUAUUUUUGUUUUUUGAUAUCACUUUUAAACCUCCACAUAUCAAACAUGUAGAGUAUUUGCAUGUUUAUUUGAUGAAAAAUUGUUUCAAAAUGUUAAUUUUGUAUUAAGCAGUGAACUACUCUCGAACUGAAACAUGCAACUCCCUUCAAGAUAUCAACAUUUCAACUUGAGUAGUUACAUGUGGCAUGAGUGAUUAUACUGUACAAUGUAGUUUUUAACAGAAUGGGGCAAAACUUGUAAGCCGUUUUGGUUUCUAAUAUGGUCUAUUUUCAUGUUUCUUUGUCAUUUAUAUUGCCAAACUUCUUGAUUAUUUAUGAUUUACGAGGCACUUCCUUGUUCUACUGUAUCAUAGUGGUAGUGUUAUGUGAAACUAAUAAACUUGACGAAUGGAAACCAGAUCUGGGCGCAUGUACAUGUCCUUGAAGGAAUGCAUUAAUGAAUCAUCACUUAACCACUUAUAAACAAAAAUAUUAUCGCUUCUUUUCUCUAUGAAAAAAAAACUACUCAUUUUGCCUGUUCUCAUUUCUUGAAGACAUUGAUAUUGUUUAGACCAUGUUGUUUUGGAACGAAUUUAUAGAAGAAAAUGGUAUGAAGUACAUUUAACUUACAGUUCAUGUUGGCAGUUCACCACCUGCAUCUUGUGUAGGUCAGUAAAUGAGCUGAAUAUUAUCAUACGAGAUCUACACACAUGCGCAUCCUAUGUCAUUCAUGUACAUAUAUGUAUCUCUAAGACAAGAAAAUCCCUGUCUGUGUCACUAUGCACAAAGGAUCAUCAGCACUUGAUGAAAGUCCCUGGAUCUUGAGAAGUGUGCCCACUUAUGAGUGCUGACUUAAGAAAGAAAAUAAUAAAAAUCGAAGACUUUGUCGUCCAGGGUAGGUUAACAAAAACAUAAACUUCAAUUGUCAGCCUGCUCGAAAUAUUGAUUUCAGGCAUAAAUUACACUUCCUCCAAGAUCAAAUGUUAAAACUAGCAUACACUGUACCAUGUGUGUGUGUGAUUGCGUUUUUACAGACGUGUAUCAGUUAUAUUUUAAUAUUAUCCAAAAGAUGUGAUCGGGGCUCAGACCUCGAACCUUUGAAUCAAUUCUUGACUUCCCCCAUAAUGUAUACCUUGUAUUACAGUUUCAUGCCAAUAUGCCCUGGCGAAAACAUUCAUGUAUAUACAAUGUGUACAACAAUUCAAAACAAAUAAAGUUAGACAACAAGUCAAAACAAUAAGUUAACAAGUUAUAAAAACAUACUCUUGGGUAAUUCAAGUCUAAACAUCCUGUUCACAACAUCAUGAUGUUCGUGUUUCUCAUUCAGUGUGAUACCGUGAACUUGAAUUAACUUAAUAUUGUGUUUUAAUAGGCUGCCCUGGAAUCUUCUAGUUUAUUGACUUCCUGCUUGCAGCAGUAGAUGGGGUAUUGCAUACAAAUAUACCAG